AUGGGAAAAUCCACUAAGGCGCAAAAGCAAGCAGUUAAACAGAAAGCAGCAACGCAAGAGGAAAAGCCCGAAUUGAAAAAUGAGAAGGUUCUGCCCUCUAACGAGUCCGAUGUUCUGGAGCUGGAGGACGAGGAUGAAUCUGACGCCGAUUCUGGUUUAGACGAUGAGUUUGAUGUUGCCAACGUCCCAUCGGAUGACGAUGAAUCCGAGGAUGAUGAAGAGUUGGAUGACGAGUUCCCUUUGAGGAAGAAGAAAAAGGUUAGCACGGACGGUGGAGAUCAAUUUGCCAGUGCAUUCAACGCUAUCGUUGGCUCCAAAUUGAAGGCAUACGACAGGAAAGAUCCAAUUUUGGCCAGAAACAAGUCCACACUCAAAAAGUUGGAGUCUGAUAAGUUGGAGAAGAAAGCCAAGCGUGAAUUGCUUGCGGAAAAGAAACAGAUUCAGGACAAGGUUCGUAUACGGAACCUUCUUCCUUCAGCCAGCGAGCCUGAAAAGGUCCGCGAUAUCAUCGAAAAGGAGAAAAAGCUCAAGAAGGUUGCCCAGAGAGGUGUGGUGAAGUUGUUCAACGCCGUCUUAGCUACACAAGUCAAGACCAAGGAGGAGAUCGGUAAAACGAAGGUCUCUGCUGGUAAGCAGGACGAGAUGUUGAAUGAACUCUCUAAAUCCAAGUUUUUGGACCUUGUGAAGGCAGCAGGCAAUACUUAA